GACAUCAACUAUUAUUAAUGUUUCUGCUUUACAAACCCUCUUCACGCACGAGCUGGCAUGAAGAAUAGAGAGGAGCUCUAUUCGUGGCACCAUAAGCUUCAAGGAUGAAGAUGUUACCUAGUUUUUUUUUCUUUCUAGAAUUGAAUAUUUCACCGCCUGCUGCAGUGGAUGCGCAUCGCACGGUCGUACCACGCCUGCACGGUCGCAUGGUCCUCUUCCCCUUCCUGUUGCAGGCAGCAGCCACACCGAUCACGAAUUCAAAUCAAACUAACACAAUUGACUCUCCCGCCUCAACCCUAGAGCCAUCGCCACCAGCCAUGUCGUCGGCGUCAGAGCAGGAGGUGUCGUCGGCGGCUCCGCCGCAGCGCAAGUGGGUGGCCCUCAUCUCCAUCGCCGCCGUCCUCGGCAACGAGGACGACCGGUACAAGGAGGUCGUCAUCGGCACCGACGUGCUGCUCCACCUCGACGAACCACCGCAUACCUCCUUCGUGGCGGUGCGCCACCGCGUCAGCCCCUACCCCAGGCUCACUGACGACGAGACGCGGUACGCUUACAUCCUCGCCGCCGAUCGCUCCGCCUGCAUCCUCCUUCAGGUCGUCGAAGGCAACCACUGGGACUUGUUCCUCUGCGACACCUACAAACGUGCCGUCAGCAUCAUCCCUCCUAUGUCUAGCGAGGGCCUCGGCUUCAGCCCCCACCACACCAUCGGCCUCAUCGCCGACCCGCACAACCGCGGCCACUACGAGGUCGUCCAGCUCCAGUCAAGCACCUCCGACAACCAACCCAACAGGCUCAUCUGCUACUCCACCGCCAAAGGCUACUGGUUCAUCAGGGGCCUCACCCUUCAACAGGCCCGCAUGCGCAACCCCUUUUACGACACCACCGUGCUCGCCCACGACGGCCGCCUCUGGUGGUUCGCCCAAGCCAAUGGCGUGCUCUUCUGCGACCCCUGCACGCCCCUCUUGGAGCCACCCCAGCUGCGCUUCCUCCCUCUCCCGGCCGACUGCGAGCUCGACGGCUACGUCACCUUCGAUCCCCGCGUCGGGGCCCUCAUGGAACAGCGCCGCUGCCUCAGGCCCAGCGAGGGCAAGUUGCGCUUCGUCGAGAUCCACGGCCUCUCCUACAACGUGUUCGACGACGUAGACCCGGAUAACAUUAACGCCACCUUAUGGAUGUGGACGCUGGACGAGCCGGAGGACCCGGACCCCUGGACGUUCGAGUAUGAGGUGGCCUUCGCUGAAAUCUGGGAUGACAAUACCUACGCCGACGCGGGCCUGCUGCCGGGCAAGGUGCCCCACGUCGCCCUCGUCGACCCCAACGACCACCACGUCGUCUACUUCUUGCAGGGCUCGAAGAUAUUCGGCUUGAACGCACGUGAGAAGAAGAUCGUUGCCUGCGAGGAAUGCCUGCCAGACCUUCAACAAAUGUCCUCAAUCUCCCGCCCCUUCAUCGAUGCCUGGGAGCUUCCAGCCAACGUCGCGACGACGACUCUUCUAGAUACAGUAUGCGCAGUAGUUUGCUGCUCAGUUCUAAGUUCUAAACGCAUCCACUUGCCUUGCCUACGGUUACUGAACAUGUAGUAUGGCUGCUGGAAAUCUCGACUUGAUGCUCUCUGUGUGUCUGCAUGCUAGAAAUUAAUAGUAGUAUUUGAACUGGUUGAUGCCGAAUUGAUAGACAAGUCGCAUUUCCAGUUUCAGAUGGCAGGCUUACUGUCUUACACUCUGACCAGUAAUUGAGCUGGUUUAUUCCUCUGUCUUACCAUUGAGAAAUAUGUUCGUGAUAGAAUAGAAUCACUGAAUAUAUUAGUCUGAAUUUGGCAUGUAC